AUGGAUAUGUUGAAGCCGCCGCCAUCAUUGUCGUUUACCGGCGACAUUGCCGAAAAUUACAAAAGAUUUAAGCAAAGAUAUCAGUUAUAUGUGAAAGCGUCAGGAGCUGAUGUAAAAUUGGAUGAUGAGGGACAAAUAGCAUUAUUUCUUCACACAAUAGGUGACGAGGUAAUACAAAUAUAUAAUACUUUUGAUUUAACCUCUUCUACAAAGUUCGAUGACCUAAUAAAGAAAUUUGAUAAUUAUUUCAUACCACAGAAAAAUGAGUCUAUGAAUAGACAUAUUUUCUUCAGUAGAGUUAUGAAGGAAGACGAAUGUAUCGACGAUUACGUAACAGAAUUACGUAUAUUGAGCAAUGAUUGUAAUUUCGAGUCACUGCGAGACAGUUUAAUAAGGGACCAGAUUAUUCGAGGAAUAAGAGAAAAGAGCCUACGUGAAAGAUUAUUAAAAGAGCAUGGUCUUGAUCUAAAUAAAUGUAUACAAAUAUGUAAAACGUUCGAAAUAACUUGUAUACAGAUGCAGAAAUUUGAAAAAGAGAAAAUAGAGGUAGCAGAAAUAAAGAAAAGCAGUAAGUAUGAGUACAACAAGAGCCAGACAAAGGGAAAAAGUCAAACAGCACAAGGUAGACAAGCUGAGGUAUCAAUACAUAAUGCAAGAUGUAUUAAGGAAAAAGAAAUAGAGGCACAGGUAGGUAUGAUUAUAGAAAAUAUUCCAGUUAAAUCUUGUAGAUUAGAAGAAAUUAAGAAAGAAACAGAAAAUGACAGGGAAUUUAAGUUAUUAAAAAAAUAUAUUAUAGAAGGAUGGCCAGAUAAUAUAGAGAAAGUACCAGACAGUUUGAGAGAUUAUUGUACAUUCAAAGAAGAACUUUUUGUAUAUGAUGAUUUAAUAUUUAAAAAUAACUGUGUAGUAAUACCAAUGUCAAUGAGACAAAAUAUGCUUGAACAGUUACACUACAAUCAUUUAGGUAUUGAAAAAUGCAAGGCUAGAGCUAGAUCAUGUAUAUUUUGGCCUCAUAUGAAUAAAGAGAUAGAAAAUAAGGUACAGAAUUGUAAUACAUGUUGUAGAUUUAAAAAACGUAAUAGUAAAGAACCUAUGACCAUAAGAGACAUGCCUCAUAAGCCAUGGUCAGUUUUAGGAAGUGAUGUUUUUUAUUAUAAGGAAAAGCCAUUUCUAAUUAUUGUAGAUCAUUACAGUAAAUACUUUGAAAUUAUAAGUUUAAGUAAUUUAUCUGCAGAAGUAACAAUUGCUGCAUUUAAAUCAGUAUUUGCUAGAUUUGGUAUUCCUGAUAUUUUAUAUUCGGAUAAUGGUACAAAUUUUUGUAAUCAAAAGUUUAGAGAAUUUACAAAAAAUUGGAAUUUUACUCACAGAACUAGUAGUCCUACAUUUCCUCAGUCAAAUGGUCUUGCUGAGAGAUAUGUGCAAACGGUUAAAAAUUUGUUUAAAAAAGCUGAUUAUGAAAAGAAAGACAAGUAUUUAGCAUUAUUAGAGUACAGAAACACUCCUAAAGUAGAAAUGGAGAAUAAAACUCCUUCUGAAUUGUUAAUGAAUAGAAAUGUUCAAGGUUUAUUACCACAAUAUUCAUGUCCAAUUUCGAUGACAUAA